UCACCUGUCAGUAUCCAUCAGUGCCAGCUGUCAAUGCUCAUCCAUGCCACCUGCCAGUGCCCAUCAGUACCACAUCAAUGCCACAUAUCAGUGGUUACCAGUGCACAUCAAUGCCACAUAUCAAUGCCCAUCUGAGCUGCCUUUCAGUGUCACCCAUCAGUGCCAGUCAGUGCCACCUAUCAAUACCAGUCAGUGCCACCUAUCAAUGCCAUGCCCAUCAGUGCCACCUAUCAGUGUCCAUCAGUGCAGCCUAUCAGUGCCCAUCACUGCAGCCUCAUUAGCGCACAUCAGUGAAGGAGAAAAAUCACAUAUUUACAAAAUUUUAUAA